CUCCAACUUUCAAAUCCCUUACUCACUCUUCCUUCAGUUAGUCCUGACGAAGGGUCUCGGCCUGAAACGUCGACUGUACCUCUUCCUACAGAUGCUGCUUGGCCUGCUGCGUUCACCAAUUGCGUGACAGAGUUUCAGCUCACUGGGAGAGAGUUCCACUCUGACUGCUUCUGCCUGCUUCAAACACAUGGACAGGACCAGCCGGGAGCCUGUGCACUGAAGAGAGAAGAGAGAUCAUAGUAACACCAGCCUGCAUCUUCAAAAACGAUUGGCUUCGCGAUGAACUCCACAGUAAGUCCAGGCAUGAACGUGAACGAGUCAGCCAGUCCCGACCUCCCCUGCAACCAGACCUUGUGUGGAAUUAAGUUUAAGGAAUACAGCAUUGCGUUGGCGGUAAUGUACAGCAUCACCUUCAUUGUGAGCGUGACCAUGAACUGUCUGACUCUGUGGCCAAUCAUCUUACAAGUCAAGCAGAGGAACACCCUUGGAAUUUACCUUUUAAGCCUCGCCAUAUCUGAUCUCCUCUAUGCUUUGACCAUACCUCUCUGGGUCAUCUACUACUAUAAUGAUCACCAGUGGAAGUUUGGAUGGAUUACCUGCCAUCUCUCAGGAUUCAUCUUCUACUCCAAUGUCUACAUCAGCAUCCUGCUUCUCUGUUGCAUCUCCAUAGACCGCUACCUCACCAUUGUCUAUCCGAUGCAAUCGAAGAAAUUCCGCCGGCCCGGCAUGGCUAUAAAGGUCAGCCUCCUCAUAUUCCUGUCUGUCUUUGCUUUGCAUCUCUUCAUCAUCUUCGGGACAGUCCUCGACAAAGAGCCCGACAUGGCCAACCUGACGUGCUUUGAGCACAUCCCGCUCAUCAAGCUGGUGGCGGUCGCGAACUACGGCCGGAUUUUCUUUGGGUUCCUGCUCCCGCUUCUGCUUAUGAUAUUCUGUUACCAGCGGAUCUUCAGGGAAAUCAGGAAGAGCUCGACUCUUCAGAAAGAGAAAAAGGCCAAAGUAAAACAGCUCUCGAUAUCAGUCAUCGUCAUUUUCCUCGUCUGCUUUGGCCCCUAUCAUCUCAUUCUCCUGUUUAGGUCAAUUAACUUCUCUCUGAUGGACUGCGUUUGUCACUUUGAACGGCAGGUUCUUCUCUACUUCAGCAUUUCCUUGGCCAUCUCCAGCUUCAACAGUGCGUUGGAUCCAAUCCUUUAUGUACUGGUCAGUAAAAACGCCACAAAGGACCUGAAGAAGUCUUUUGCCACUAUUGGACAUCGAAAUUUCAGAAAGAAAUCCUCAAACACUUCUCCAACUUUGAUCAGCAGGGUUACGUUUUGACCUGACCAUGACCACAGUGGUGGCGCGAUGGGUAGAGACACUGUCUCACAGCUUCGGGGGCCCAAGGUCAAAACGACCUCCAGCACUCUGCGUGUGAAGCUUCCACACUUGCCCAGUGACCGCGUGGCCUUCCUCCGAUAUCCCAAAGA